AAAUAGCAUCAGAAAGAACUCUAACAACAGAAAAGACAAAUAAAAGUUGUUAUGAGCGUCAGCCAACUUUACUGUGAACCAGGAAUGAAGCAUGCAUUUCCCCUUCUUGCCACUAGAUGGCCGUUGCAUCUCAAUCAAUGAAAAUUCUACUAGAGUCGAUCAUUUUCUUGAAACCUGCUGGGAAAAAUGAUUUGAGUGGCUUGCCAAAAUGAAAAGUGAAGCAUAGAAUGAUGAAUGAUAGUUGUCAAAAUCUCCCCAAGAUCAAUCAGCAGAGGCCAAGAUCCAAAGCCACAGUAGGGAAGACAAGGGACGCCAAAUCUCUCAAUAAGGAGCAUCCUAAACAGGAGAGUAUCAAUAAUGCUCGUGUGGAGAGUGCUGACUUUGGCUUAAAUAUAUCAAGAAUCCAGAGAGACAGUGGAGAGGAAAAUGCCAACCCAAGAAGAGGCCAAAUCACUGACUUCAGAGGACUGCUCACAGAUGCUAGCAAAGGAGCAACCAAUGAACUUGCCCUGAACACCUUCAAUUGUAACCCAGAUCCCUCUGAACGAUUGCUGAAACCUCUGAGUGCAUUUAUUGGCAUAAACAGUGAGAUGCGAGAAUUGGCAGCAGUGGUGAGCCGGGACAUUUAUCUCCAUAAUCCAAACAUAAAGUGGGAUGACAUUAUUGGACUGGAUGCAGCCAAGCAGUUAGUCAAAGAAGCAGUUGUGUAUCCUAUCAGGUAUCCACAGCUGUUUACAGGAAUUCUUUCCCCCUGGAAAGGUCUCCUGCUUUAUGGCCCUCCAGGUACAGGAAAGACUUUACUGGCCAAAGCUGUGGCCACUGAAUGCAAAACGACCUUCUUUAACAUUUCUGCAUCUACCAUUGUCAGCAAAUGGAGAGGGGAUUCAGAAAAACUUGUUCGGGUGCUAUUUGAACUUGCCCGCUAUCACGCCCCCUCCACCAUCUUCCUGGACGAACUGGAGUCGGUGAUGAGUCAGAGAGGCACUGCUCCCGGAGGAGAACAUGAAGGCAGCCUGAGGAUGAAGACAGAGUUACUGGUGCAGAUGGAUGGGCUGGCACGCUCAGAGGAUCUUGUAUUUGUCUUAGCAGCAUCUAACCUGCCAUGGGAGCUGGACUGUGCCAUGUUACGUCGCCUGGAGAAGAGGAUCCUCGUUGAUCUCCCCAGCCAAGAAGCCAGGCAGGCCAUGAUCCACUACUGGCUGCCACCUGUGAGCAAGAGCAGAGCCCUGGAGCUUCACACAGAGCUUGAGUACAGUGUGCUGAGCCAGAAGACAGAGGGCUACUCAGGCUCAGACAUUAAGCUGGUCUGCAGGGAAGCAGCCAUGCGACCUGUGAGGAAGAUCUUCAGUGCACUUGAAAAUCACCAGGCAGAGAGCAGCCAUUUCCCCGGGAUCCAGUUGGAUACAGUGACCACGGCUGAUUUUUUGGAUGUUCUAGCUCACAGUAAGCCUUCAGCAAAGAAUCUGACUCAGAGAUACUCAGCCUGGCAGAAAGAAUUUGAGUCUGUUUGAAAUCACACUUACCCUGACCUGGCCACUUGGUCAACCACAGAAGUGUCCUAGGUUAUUAGUAUAGGUGGGAGAACAUCAUGAUUGGAACAGAAAAGAGAAAAUGAUUCCAAAACAGUGCAGGAAUUUGCACAAUUAUAUUUUGUGGAAAUAGAGGAUAUUUUCAUUAAUUUUUCAUCACAAAUGUCAGCAAAAUAUUGGCAAUUUCAAUUACACUGAUAUGUGCUAUUACACCAAGCAAUGGAGAUUUGUCUUUUAAAAUUUUAUGAACAAUUUCCUGUAGUGUUCCUGAUUUGUAAACUGGUAUCAUCACUUUGAAUAAAAAGAUUUUCUACAGGU